AUGUUUAUUGCUCUUACUCUUGUUGGCGUGCUUGCAGCAUGGACUUUUGGAGGAAUAAAUUCAAUGCUCAAUGAUCCUACUUUAUCGAUAGAAUGUCUUGGAUUCGUCUUUCAGUAUGGAGUUAUAGUCUAUUUACUUAUGUUUAUAAGUAUUAUGGUUUACUGUGUAUGUUUCUUUCGUAUGGCUAAGAAAGCAGGAUACUUCAGGCGUUGUUGCAAUAAUAAAAUCCAUGAAAACCUUCAAUUUCAACCUGAUUUACCGAUGUCUAAUUCAACACAAUCUAACAUAGAACAAAAUAAUAUAGCUAACUCAGUACCGAAUGUUCAAAAUUAG